AUGAGGAAACUUAAAAUGAAAUAUUGUGAAGUAUUUCUCUUUCUUCAAUUAAUGUUCAUGGAUGUCUCAACAAAAGAAGUUACCUGUGAAGGUGAACAGCUCAUCAAUGUUGACAUCGUAGUUGGACAUCCGGGUAUCAUUUCACCUUAUAAACCUGGACAUAUUUUAGUUUUUCGAUGCACUGAUGUGAACCUGAAAAUGUAUGGCCAGCGAACAAUUGAAUGUUUGUCAAAUGGAAAAUGGGAUCAGUCAUUUCCAAAAUGUGGAGUUUUUAUUGUAUAUCUUUUUGUCAUAUGUUAUUUUUACACAACAGAGAACAACAUCAAAAUUAAGAGAUUUCCUGAUCUUGAGGGUCCAGUCAAACCUGGACAUAAUUUAACAUUUUCAUGCAAUGGACAAGGACUGAUUUUAAAAGGACAGAGAGAAAUCACCUGCCAGCCAAAUGGAGAAUGGAGCAGCCCAUUUCCAAAAUGCGAAAGGAAGGACAUACAAAAGGCAGCGUGUGCUGCAAACCUCACAGGAAAUAUUAUCAUAGAGUCUGAGGUUUCAAUCAUACCUGGGCACACAUUAAAACUUUCAUGCAAUGGACAAGGACUGAUUUUGAAAGGACAGAGAGAAAUCACCUGCCAGGCAAAUGGAGAAUGGAGCAGCCCAUUUCCAAAAUGUGAAAUGAGAACUGCAUGUGGGCCACCACCACACCAGGAAAAUGCAGACACAGAAGAAAUGCCAAAAAAUGAAUAUAGUUAUGGGGAGAAAGUCAAAUACAUUUGCUAUAAUAAAUUCACAAUGGAAGGCUACCCAUACUUGACCUGUGCGCAAGGUGAAUGGAGAGGAUAUUUUAUAUGUUUAAAGCCCUGUAUGGUGACAGUGGAAGAAAUGGAUAAAAGGGGUAUAGAGUUGAAGUGGGGUGAACGGCAAAAAAUAUUCUCACCACACAAGGAUACAAUCUCCUUUGCAUGUCAAAAAGGGAAAUAUUUAAAAGAUGGAACUGACUUAAGACAAACGUGUACAAAUGGAGUGAUGCUUCUGCCUCGGUGUGCAUAAAAUCAACACUUCAGCCUA